AUGCGUUGGGAAAGUACUCCUCCGGGCCUCGCGAAACUGCAACUGCGGGCCAUCGCGGAGCUGAGACAACUGUUUGGUGAAGAUGCCAUUAGUAUAGAUGACGAAGACCUGCAUUUACACGGUUAUUCAGAGUGGUCAACAGUCAAUUGUGAUCAAUUGCCGGCAGCGGUCGCCUACCCCAAGAGUACGGAAGAUGUAUCCAAGAUCGCACAAAUAUGUCACAAAUAUCGGGUGCCGAUGAUACCGUACUCUGGCGGUUCAAGUUUGGAGGGCAACUUCUCUGCUCCACAUGGAGGAAUAACAAUCGACUUCUUGCAUAUGGACAAAAUCCUCAAGUUACAUGAGGAUGACUUGGACGUCGUCGUACAGCCGUCUAUCCAAUGGAUGCAGUUAAACGAGAUGAUCAAACAUACUGGGCUUUUCUUUCCCAUCGACCCUGGACCACCAGCAAAAGUUGGAGGGAUGGUGGGCACAAACUGCAGUGGUACCAAUGCAGUGCGUUACGGAACAAUGAAAGAUUGGGUCAUUAACCUGACCGUUGUUCUUGCAGAUGGCCGGGUUAUCAAGACCCGGCAACGUCCACGGAAGAGCUCUGCUGGGUACAACCUAACGGGCAUGUUUGUCGGCUCGGAAGGGACCCUGGGCAUUGUCACCGAAAUCACUUUGAAAUUGGCGGUCCUUCCAGAGGAGACUAGAGUGGGUGUGGCCACCUUCGAUACCAUCCGCGAUGCCGCAAACGCAGCUAUGCGAGUCAUGCGAAAAGGCGUUCCGAUCCAAUGCAUGGAAAUCCUUGACGAGGUUCAAAUGAGUGUCAUCAACAAGGCGGGUGGGACAAACCGGGUGUGGAAGGAAAGUCCAACGCUGUUUUUCAAAUUCUCUGGUACCAAAUCGGGCGUAUUGGAGAGCAUCGACAUCACCAAGGUUAUUGCAAAGGAUAGCGGGAGUACAUCAUUUGAAUUUGCCAAAAACGAGAAAGAAUGUCGCGAUAUUUGGUCUGCUCGAAAAGAGUCUCUUUGGAGUAUGCUUUCCUUGAGAAAAGACGGUUCUACCGAUGUCUGGUCUACAGAUGUUGCUGUUCCCUUGUCUCGAUUACCGGACAUUAUCGAAUUAUCCAAAAAGGAUCUAGACGAUCUUGGAAUGUUUGCCAGUAUCCUCGGCCACGUUGGCGACGGCAACUUCCAUGAAAGUAUUAUGUAUGACAAAACGGACCCUGAACAACGUGCAAAGAUUGAACAGGUUGUUCACGCUAUGGUCGAUCGCGCCAUUGAGAUGGAGGGGUCCUGCACGGUACCCGGCCCCUUGAAGUUAAUGUUACCUGAUUUAAACCUGGAAUAG